UUGGAGACCUCAAAUUGUCAGAGUUCAUAAUAGUGUUUGAGAGUGCUUCAAGGUUUUAUCUGUGUAGUCCACACACUAGUAUUUGAGAGUUGCUUUAGUUUCUCAGUUGUUAGGAGACAUCAAAUUUUAAGAGUGCUUCAAGUUUUAUUUGUAGUCCAUAUUAGUAUUUGGGAGUGCUUCAGUUUGUCAGUCUUUAUUUAGAGAAUCAACUAUGGAAUCUGCUUUGGUUGAUGCUGUUGUUGGAAAAAUUGUUGAGAUGAUGGUUGAAGAGAUAAACAAGGAGGUUUCACUUGUCCUUAACUUCAAAAAGGACUUUGAAUGGCUGUCCAAGAAGCUCACAACAAUAAAAGGCUACCUCACAUAUGCAGAUGUUCAGAGUGCACACAAUGCAUCCGUGAAAAGAUGGCUGCUGGAUGUUGCAGAGAUUGCUUUGGAUGCAGAGGACAUACUGGAUGAAUGUGCUCUUAAAUCUCAAGGUACUGAGAAUGAAAUCCCCCAGUCCUCUUGUGUUUGUGCUUUCAGCUGUUCUCAAUUAGUGUUUCGCUGUAAAAUGGCACGUCGGAUAAAGGAGGUGAAAGAUAGAAUGAGGUCCGUUAUGGAAGAGGGAGCGGAGCUGAAGCUUGUUGGGGAUGUGACCCAUUCAGACCAACCCUCAACGAGUACAUCUGGGAAUGUAAAGUGGAGGGGAACAAGUCAGAUGGAGAUUGAUUCAAGACCAGUGGCUAUUGAGCCCAAGGUUGAAGAUGUCCUCCGCUUACUGGAAGAUCCUUCUACUCCUGUCAUUGCCGUCGUUGGUAUGGGCGGCCAGGGGAAAACAUUUUUAAUGCAAAAUAUUUUCCAGAGAAUAAAGGAUAAGUUUGAGAAGUCCAUCUGGCUCUCUAUUUCUCAGACUUACUCUCUUAGAAAGUUGCAAGCUGACAUGGCCUCACAAAUAAAGUUACAAGCUGGGGAGGACUUGGAAAUAAAGUCCAAAGCUGACAUGGUCAUUUAUGGACAGGUAAGUGAGUUGCAAGCAGCAGAGUGUAUUCACGACUGUUUAACGAGCAGAAGCUCUCUCAUUGUGCUGGAUGAUGUGUGGAGGGCAACUGGAGAAGAUAACUUGAUAGCUGCACUUGGCCUUCCAGCUGGGCAUAAUACCCAGUGCAAAAUUGUGGUCACCACACGGAGCAAAUUUGUGUGCAGCAACAUGAAUGCUUGUGUUUAUGAGUUGCAGCCUUUGUCAGAAGAAGAGAGCUGGAACUUGUUUUGUGCUUUUGCCUUCCACGGAAAUCAACCGCCACGUCAUCUUCAAGGGGUUGCUCGUCAAGUCGAAGGAGAAUGUGGGAGAUUACCCCUCGCUGUUAAAACAGUGGCAGCUUCUCUGGCGGACAAGACGUUGUCAAGGGACUGGGAAUCCAAACUGGAGCAGCUAAAAGCGGCAUCUUAUACCCAGGAUCCAAUUAUGCAGAUCCUUAAGCUGAGUUAUGAUUCUCUCCCUCCUCAUCUUAAGCCCUGUUUUGUGUAUCUUUCUUUCUUUCCUGAAGAUGAGGAGAUAGACUACCAAUAUCUCAUAAACCUGUGGGUAGCAGAGGGAUAUGUUCCUCAAGGAGACGACCAGCUAGAUAUUGGAUGGAGUUAUGUAUGUCAUCUUCACAGUCUAUGCUUGGUCGAGAGAGUAUACGAGUAUCAGAAACACAGGUAUGAUCAGUAUUACAGAUGGUUCAAAUAGCAUGAUUUAUUGCUUGAUUUGGCCAUUAGCAUAGCAAAAGAAAGUCAAUGUGCAUUCAGUGUGGAGGAAGCCUUCAAGAAAGAUGUCACUGUGCAAACGGGCAGGAGGUAUCGAAGAAUUUUAAUGGGCAAGAGAAGCAUAGGUGAUAAUGAUGUAGAUUUAAUGGCAAGAAACAGGGCAUAUUCUACAUCAUGUCUUCGCACCCUAUCAUUCUCAGCAAAUAGUGGCAUUGAAAAUAUUCCAGCAAUCUUGCUUGAUGGUGCGAGAGUACUGCAUGUACUUGACUUGAGUAGAACUGGAAUCUCCUCAUUGCCCGCUUGUGUCGGAAAUUUGAAGCUCCUUAGAGUUUUGAAUUUAAGCAAGACAAAUAUUACCGAGGUACCAGAAUGUCUGAAAAGCAAUAAGAGUCUUCGCUUCCUUGACAUUUCUAAUUGCAGGAGUCUACAACAGUUCCCUCAGUGGAUUGGUGAGCUUAAUUGCCUGGAACAUCUGGAUAUAUGCCGAUGCAGUAAGAAAUCCAUGCCGAAGGGUAUAUCGAAGCUUGUGUCUUUACAGGUACUGAAACUAGUUGAGGACAACACACUAUCCGUGGAAGAGAAUGAAUCCUUCAAGUUGGAGCAUUUUGUCAAUUUGGUCAACCUCCGUGAAGUGUGGAUAAAUCUUGAUCACGAGGUUGAAUUGAAAAGUAUAGAGAACGGGAUCCUUGCCACAUUAGUGAAGAUGCGUCUUCUGACAAUAGUCAAUUAUGUUGAUGAUAAUCUUUCACCUCCUCUAUCAGAGAAAAUGUUAGCUAUGAAGGAUCUUGAAUUCCUUUCUCUUCGUCGUCUUGAAGUGCCAGAUUGGAUAUGCGGCUUCUCAAAUCUGAUGCAUUUGGAAUUAUUUGAUUGCCAUUGUGCUGAAUAUCCAGCACUAGAAAUGAUGCCCAACUUAAUAAAGAUCCAUUUAGAUGGAAAUAGAAAUUGCAAGGCAUUGCCAAAAGGGUUCGGGAAGUCCGGGAGAUUUCCUCAGCUGCGUUAUUUUAUAAUUGAUUGUUUUUCAGAGUUAGAGGAGUUACCAGAAUUAGAGGAUGGAGCAAUGCCACAUCUUGAGAUCCUACGAGUAGAACGCUGUUGCAAGCUCACGAAGUUCCAAGUAAAUUUGAGCUUCUGGAAAGUCUGAAAGAGUGUGACUUUAAGUAUACAGGAGUAACACAUAUGUUUGAGGAGGGUGGGGAAUUAUGGAAAAAAAUGAAAGCCAAGAAUCCAAUGUGAAAAUCAAAUGUUGAGAAAAGGGAGGUUGUAGAGAACAAUGAAAUGUAGAAUGGGUGUAUUUUUAUAAUUUUUUUAUAAUGUAAAUAAUCAUUUUAUUAUCA